GACGAGGUAGAGGGAGAGUGAUCUCGCGAUAUUUCUGCCUUGGAGACAAGAACGCAUACACUGGAAACAGAAAGCAACAAGAUAAAGUUCCUCAUGGAAGAAACCGAAUCAGUGUGGAAUAUUAUCGUGGAGCAUGUCCCAGAGUCAGAGCUCUCAGAGAUCCGGGUCCUUCUUGGAGAUGCUCUGAUUGACAUAUACACAGAGAUGUAUUCAGAGGUCACUAUGUGGCAGCAGAUUUGGCGGACGUUGCGCCUUAAACAGGGUAACACGCCGAAGGCCCCUCGCUGCCCCCUGGCGGACCCCCCUGCUAUCAAGGAGCUGCUGAAAGCUGAGAUCCAACUGCUGCUGGCCACCGUGAGAGAGAGAGCAGCCCAGGAGGGCAGGGAUGCAGACGCAGACUUGUUCCGGUACAGUCCUAGUGUGGUGAAUUAUGCCUUGGGUGUCCCGAGCAACCGUUGCGACACUGUGAAUAGUAGGCCUACCUCUAGUGGAAUACAGUUCAGCCAGAGUCAACAUGUUGGAAGGUCCUGUUCACAGAGCUCAGUCACUUCUACUACCAACCAAGGUGACAUUGAUGCCAUGAGACACAUGCUGAACAUCACCCACAUAGACGACAUUGUGGCCCACCUCAAAUCAGUCCUGUCAGAAGAAUGCAAUGUGCUGAAAAGCCAAGUUCAGUUUCUACAGGAGAGUGUGGAACAGGAGCACCAGACACAGCAUGAUGUCACUGAGGCUCCAGAGCCCACUGUAACAGAGCUUAAGAAGGAGAGGAGAGCCAUCCAGAUGGAUAUGAAAAGGCAGAGCCUCAGCCUCACCCACUGUCCCUCCUCCUCCCCUGUGGAAACAAGCCUGCAGAUCAGAUCCAGGUCGACAGGAUGGACAGGUUUUCCUGCAGAUGAGACACAGAGACACUUGAUCCCUGUGGUGGCCACCAGACCCCAUCCUCCUCAUACCAAGCCACCUCUAGUAACAUCUCUAGUAAGGAGUACUCCUCCAUUAGACAGGAUGAGAGGCCAGCCACGUAGCUCACCCAACACCAGAGAACCCAGCCCUCUCCAACCGUCUAAAUAUGAACAGCUAAGGACUUACAGCCAGAGCUCUGAGGCUUCCCACACCUGCAACAGAGGACCCACCACCACCACCACCCAAGACAGGGACAGCUACCUACCACCCCUGGUCCUCUCUGCCAGUACAGUAACCAGCCUUGAACCCUACCUUAAUCCCCCCGCAGAAGAGAGAAUAAAGGGCAGAACUUGCAGGCGUAGUGGUCAGACUGUGACUGAGGGAGCUCAAAGACAUGAUGACUCAAUGAACAGCUGGCCCUCUUUAUCCUCUGGUGGACACUGUCCUCUAGGCUCCUCCUCACAGCCUCCUGGGAGCAAAGGGAGCUGUGAGCAGAUGAGCCCCGUAAGGAUGUUCCACCCUGCUCCCCCCACCAUGCAGAGACCAGCCAGUAGAGGGCAGAGUGUGGCCAGGCACAUGUGUCUGCCACAGCGGGACAGCCUGGUCAGCUCCUUGUGAACUGAACUCUUUACUACAGAAGAAGAUACACAGGCAGCCCAAUUCAGAUAGUUUUUUUUGACCAGUCAGAUCUGAUGUGAUUGGUCAAAAGACUGAUUUAGUGGGAAACGUAUCAUUAUUGUGCUGCUUGUAUAAAGGCAACCUCUGAUACUGUAAUAAUGUUCUAGCUGCAGGCUGGUCAGUGUAUGUCACUCCUAAAAUGAGAUAUCCUCACAAACAUGUAUCGUAUCACAGGUCAAUAGUACUCAUACUUGUGAAAGGGAUGUCGUAAUCUCUUUAAUAUACAGAAUGAGUGCUGGCAUUGGCUUGUCUUCCACAAUGAGACAACAGGCACAGGGAUGUUAUAUGGUGAUUUUCAAGAGACUGGUAGAAGACCUGAAAGAGAACAAGACUAUGGUUGAAUGCUUUUGAAAUGAUUAAAUAUUUGAUCUAUAUAUUCAACCAUUUAAUGACUGCAUUUUGAAUAAAUAUGAAUGUAUUUGGAUAAAUGUUCAUAUGUCUCUAAUACAUGUUUUAUUACGGUUCUGCUUUCUCCAAUCUAACGAAAGUGAUUACCUGUUCAGAAAGAGAAAACACUGCAUGCUGUGUAAUCUAGAUGGGACAUAAACCACACUUGAGUGAUCUUUAAAAUAGAUUUUAUUUACCAUUUGUAAUUGAACAGUUUACGAUAUACAGCUGACAUGACUAAGACAAUUCAAUGGAUUUUGGCCCCAAGGUACAAGAGACAUGGUUAGAUAUAUAUGAUAAAGUACCAGUACUGUGUUCAUUUCAUUUGUGCUUUAUUCUCCCUUAUGAUAGAAUUUACAUUGGCAUAAAUCAUGUCUACUCUGCUGACAGUGACAACAGUUUACUCAGACCGUUGUAAAGCCUUAUUUCAAAACGGAAGUUUGUAUUAUUAGAUAUGUUAAAAACACAUGACUUG